AUUGGAACUGACUGAUACUUCGUCAUUGGCUCUACUGCUCAAUGUUGGUAGCAAAGAUUAGAAGGGUUGGUAACACACCAGUGUAUCCGUAAGCGUUAAAGUUUGGGCUGUUGAGCGUAUUCUGUGGUGCUGGUGCUGCUUAGGGCCCCCGCGCGCACGCGAGAAAGUGGUAGUGCGCAUAGCGAGAUCUAUAGCUAGCGCGUUUUUGUUAUUUGCCGAGAGAAGAGGUAUACACGAGGGGUAGAAAGACGAGUGCGUGAGCGUGGGUGUGAAAAAAAGCUCGUGUGCUUGGAUUCUGAUAUCAUCUACAAGCGCCUCUCGUCAUCUAGCCGACGACGAAGAGGCCGGCAAAGCCAGGCAGAGAGAAACACCUAGGUUGUGUUUUAGCAUUGCUGUUGGAAACUACAUAAUACAACCAAUAUUGGUGAUUAUCUUAUAAAAUGGAACAAGCAGCAGAUGGUUCAUACCACUAUCCAGAACGAAAAAAUGGUGCAGAUGACGUUGUCAUGGAAUUAGUUGGAGCAGAUGAAAAAGUUGCAAUACUGGAUGCUGGAGCUCAAUAUGGCAAAGUUAUAGAUCGUAAGGUUCGUGAACUCAAUGUUCACAGUGAAAUUUUGCCACUAGAUACACCAGCUUUCACCCUCAAAGAACAAGGCUAUAAGGUUAUCAUCAUUUCUGGAGGACCAAGUUCUGUGUAUGCAGAAGAUGCUCCAAGAUACGAUGCAGAUAUCUUUCGAAUAGGAAUACCUGUUCUAGGAAUUUGUUAUGGUUUGCAGAUGAUGAAUAAAGAGUUCGGUGGUUCAGUGAUCAGGAAAGAAGGCAGAGAAGAUGGACAAUUCUCUAUUGAAGUUGAUACCAAGUGCCUUUUAUUCAAGGGCUUGGAGAAAGAACAAAUGGUACUGUUGACUCAUGGUGAUAGUAUAGACAGAGUAGCCGACAACUUUCGUACUGUAGCAAAAUCAACAAAUUUUGUUGCUGCCAUUGCAAACAAUAAACUGAAUUUGUAUGGUGUACAAUUUCAUCCAGAAGUGGAUCUUACUCCUAACGGAAAGACUAUGCUUCAUAAUUUCCUCUUUGGUGUAGCUGGUCUAACCGGAAAUUUCAAUCUUCGAGAUCGAGAAUCACAAUGUAUUCAGUACAUUAGGGAAGUAGUGGGUAAUAGUAAAGUUCUGUUGCUAGUCAGCGGUGGCGUAGACUCAACAGUUUGUGCAGCUUUACUGCAUAAAGCCUUGAAUAAGGAUCAAGUUAUUGCUGUACAUAUUAAUAAUGGAUUUAUGCGUAAAGGAGAAAGUCCAUUAGUCGAGCAAAGUCUGGCACAAAUAGGAGUCAAACUAAAAGUAGUCAAUGCUACUCAUCAAUUCCUCAACGGUACAACGACUAUACCGGAGAAAGGUAGCCCGGAGAGUGAAAAGGCGACAAGUGGCCCUAACGACGGAGGUUUACAGAAUCCCGGCACGACGUACUGCGUCGUGGUGAACAAAACCAAUCACGAGGUGAACAUCUUUCCAAAGCCGAAACUAACGAAGAUGCUGUGCACUACUGUGAAUCCCGAGGAAAAACGUAAAAUCAUUGGCGACGUAUUCGUUCAAGUGGCCAAUGAGACAAUGGCAGAAAUGGGUUUGAAGCCUGAGGAAGUUUUUCUUGGACAAGGUACAUUACGGCCUGAUCUUAUCGAGAGUGCCAGUACUUUGGCCAGCGGUAAAGCAGACGCUAUCAAAACACAUCACAACGACACCGAGCUGGUGAGAGAACUUCGGGCUAAGGGACGCGUUGUUGAGCCACUCAAAGAUUUUCAUAAAGAUGAGGUCAGACAAAUCGGCACUGAUCUUGGACUUCCUGUUAAUCUUGUAUCUAGACAUCCUUUUCCCGGUCCCGGAUUAGCUAUAAGAAUUAUUUGUGCGGAGGAACCUUAUAUGGACAAAGACUUUUCAGAAACACGGGUUCUUGUUAAAAUAAUAGCAGAAUAUGCGCAAAUGCUUAAAAAGAAGCAUGCGCUUCUGAAUCGCGUUGAAAGCGCAACCAGUGAACUAGAACGUUUAAAGUUACGAAGAGUAUCGCAUAUACGUCAUUUAACAGCUUCACUGUUACCUAUUCGUAGUGUUGGAGUUCAGGGUGAUCAACGCAGUUACAGUUACGUGGUAGGACUUUCUACUGAUGAUAAUAUUUCAGAGCCAGCCGAGUGGCAAGACUUAUUCUUCUUGGCCAAACUGAUUCCUCGUAUUUGUCACAACGUCAAUAGAGUUUGUUACAUUUUUGGAAGCAAAGUUCAGUAUCCUGUUAUGGAUAUUACUCCAACACAUCUUACUUCUAAUAUUAUAUCAACACUUAGGCAAGCGGAUCAUGUAGCAAAUCAGGUAUUGCAAACUAAUGGUAGUAUGUCGGCCAUUAGUCAGAUGCCAGUUAUUCUCAUUCCUAUUCAUUUCGAUCGAGAUUAUGCUUCGCGAGCUCCAUCCUGCCAACGAUCAGUAGUACUAAGGCCAUUCUGCUCUCUGGACUUUAUGACUGGUACACCAGCAGUUCCUGGAAAAGAAUUGCCAAUGCAUGUGAUCAAGAAAAUGGUGAGCGAAAUUUCUUCGGUACCAGGAAUUUCGCGCGUUUUAUAUGAUCUUACGUCCAAACCACCUGGCACGACUGAGUGGGAGUAGUGGCUAUGCAUAAACUACAAUCUAAUAAUUGAUUUUUCUGUUUUUAUUUAAACACCGACGCGUCCACGCGUGUGUGCGUGACGAAGUGCAGAUACGAGCAGAGAUUUGUAAUUAAAAUAUCGCCAAAAACAGAAAAGAAUUUAAAAGAAAAUAAUACAAAAAAGUAAUACUUUACAAAAAAAUGAAGCAAAACAAUUAAUUAAAAAAGGACAGCGAGUAGUGGGGCUACCGUGGUUAAGUAACUUAUCGCGAUAACCAAUAUACAAAAUACAUUUGUAAUUAGAUGAAGUGCAACAGGUUGUACGAGUUAUUAUCAUGCUCAACUGUCAUUGCAAUCAUGCAUGUAAAGAAAGUCUACUGUUUUAAACAAAACGAAAAGGAAGAUAAUGAAAUCUUAUACGUAUGUGCUUAUGUAUACGAUGUGUCUGCCGCGUGUUGUCCGAAAUGUGUAUUGUGCGUCACUGCACGACAUGCUGGACGAAUUUAAUGUAUAUAUACGCAUAUACGUGUUUAAUAGCGCGAAGAUUUAAAAAAAAGAAAGGGAAAUGUGCAUUUCGUUUAUAAUCAUGAUAUCAGCUUUAAAUUCCAAUGAUCGAUUUACACGCUUAUACGUAAAAUCGUCUUUAGUAUUCGAGCACGGUGACACCUAAUCGCUCCGCAUUUUUUGUUGCAUCAGAGAUUCAAUUUAUUAAAGAAGAAACUUGGUUCAUGAUGUUUUGCGACACUGCAUUAUGUGAGAAAAAUAAACAAGAAACUUAUAAUCAUUUUAUGAGUGUAAAAGUGAGUGAAUGGUCGUAUGGACUUCAAGGAGAAGUUACAUGAAGUGAAGACGUUUUGAAGCUGCUAGGAGAAAAUAAAUAACUGUAAAACAGAUCACAAAAUUGCGUGUGUGAAAGAAAAACUGACGGACUUAUAAAAACAGACAGACUGACAGAUAAGGGCGAAUAAUAAAAAAUAUAUAACGAACAGUCAAACAUGUCGACAUUGCUUAUUGUAAAUAUGUUAUACAUCCAAUUUUUUCAUCGUUUAUUUAAGCGAAUUGUAAAAAAAUUUAUUUAUCACUUAAUAUAAUGUAUAGAGAAAAAAAUGGAAUCUGAAACGGUACUUGGUUGCAACAAUUGUUAUAUAAUUAAUUCGUCAAGUGAAAAAAAAUUGAAACUUAAAAGAAUAAAAUUAUGCGUUACAUUCACAAAAGAAAAAAUAUUUCAACAUUGAUAUAUUUCAGAUUGAAAAUUAUUCAACAAACUCAAAUGUGCCGUAGUGUCUUUUACGCAAGUCUUAUGUUGAACGCAAACUUGUAUAUUUAACGACGCACUUGCGCCAAGUGGCGAAAUUAAAAACAACAGAUGUUCGGUUCAAUUUGUAUAAUGAAAAAAUCAUUAAUUGAAGAAAAUCUAAUUUUCUCAAACUUGCAAGAAAAGAAACACAGAUGUUUUCUUAUGAU